ACGGGAUUGGUCUUUGCUUAGAGAUGCACUCGCAACAGUGAGCAUGGACCACUUAGUGACAACAUUGUGAAGAGACUCCCUCAUUGGAAUACGACAAUAAUCAUAUUUUAUUGAGCUCCUAAACGGAUUAUUAUCACUCAAGAGUGGUGUGGAGGCAAAGACCGUGGAUGGGAAAAGGCAGAAGAGCAGUGAACCGAACCUGAGGUGUGGUACACCGUUGACUCAGUCUGAGGACUCUAACAACAUUUCACUGUACAGACAGUUUUCUUCAUCAUGGCCAAUCAGCCUUUACCGCUGUCACAGGAGACUUUAGCUCAGUUCAAUCGCUCCCUGGCCACAGAACCAGGUACCUCAGGGCCUCCAAGGAGACGUCUGGGCUCCAUCUCCACCCGCCGAAGCUCCAAAGACCAAUCUAAGGACCAGCCCCACCACAGACCCCUGUUCCUCAGGGGCAUGACUGGUCUCUCGUCAGAGUCAUCGUUCCUGAGCCCCAACGUCAGCACUUCUCACAUCUCCAUCGGCAAGCGGUUCUCUUUCGCCGGCUGGCACCAGGGAGGAAGAGUGAGCUUCUCUGGACUCUACCUUCCCCAACCCAUCCAAGAAGUCUAUGUGGAGAACACCUACAGAAUGGGACCAGAACCAGGGUGCCACUUCAGUGCCAGCAGGACCCAGCAGAUAUUACAGGCCACUUUGGAUAGUUAUUUGGAAGGUGUGAAUUACAGUCCUGACAGUUGUAGCCAACUGUGUCAGAUGUUAGCAGAUCUAGUUCUCAGUAAGCUAAAAGAUGUUAAUCCGCCACGAUAUAAACUCGUGUGCCAGGUGGUGGUCGGGCAGAAUGAUAAACAAGGUAUAAGGGUGGCCAGCUGUGGCCUGAUCAACCCCAACACUGACAACUUCACAUCUGCUGUUUUCCAAAAUCACUCACUGUUUGCUGUGGCUAUGAUACAUGGUAUGUACUUUGAAUGAAAGUUAAAUCAACAUCUCUUAUUUCGUGUGUACAAAAUGCACACCUUUAAAAAUUCAAGAUAUAAAAUAAAUACUGGUCACAUAAUUACACAAAAUACA